AUGAAUUUUCCCGCCUCUACUUGCUUGUUGGCGUUGCUCUGUUUCUGGGUUUGCUCGGAAGAUCUGGUUUCCGGUUUGAGCGAAGAUGGGUUGGCUCUUUUAUCCCUGUUAAACCGCUGGGAGAGCUCGUCCCUUCCUCAACCCAUUGUCUCCACAUGGAACGCCUCCGACGGAACUCCAUGUUCAUGGGCCGGCGUCGAAUGCCACAACCUCACUCGCCGUGUAAUCUCCCUCAAUCUCUCAAACUACGCGAUAUCCGGCGAAUUGGGCCCUGAAAUUGGAAGGCUUUCUCGGCUGGCCACCCUGGAUUUGAGCUCCAACGAAUUCUCCGGCGAAAUCCCCUGGCUCCUGGGGAACUGUGCUGGCCUCGAGUAUCUCAAUUUGGCUAACAAUGGGGUUACUGGCAGAAUCCCAGGAAGCUUCCGAAACUUGAGAAGAGUGAAAUCAUUGAACUUGUUCUCCAACUCACUGAGUGGUGAAAUUCCCGAGUCAGUGUUUCAGAGUAUGCCUCUGCUGCAAUAUGGAUAUCUGCAUGAGAAUGCGUUCAAUGGUUCGAUUCCGGAGAGUGUUGGUAAGUUGAAUGAGAUUAUUGAGCUUUGGUUGUAUGGGAAUGCUUUUUCUGGUUCAAUUCCUGAGUCUAUAGGGAAUUGCAGCAAAUUGCAGGUUCUUUACUUGCAAUGUAACCAGUUAAUUGGUUCCUUGCCUGGCAGCUUAGCUAAUCUUAGAGAACUUGUUAAAUUCUCUGCUGCUAAUAACAGUUUGGAGGGUAGAAUUCCUUCAGGGUUUGGAAAUGUGAAGAAUCUGAGAUGUUUGGACUUAUCUUAUAAUCCGUUUAGUGGAGGGAUUCCAGAGGAUUUAGGAAACUGCAGUAACUUAAAUACACUGUUCAUUGUCCAUUGUAAUUUGAAAGGCAGCAUUCCUUCAUCAUUGGGCCUUCUGGACAAUCUCUCCCAUCUUGAUCUUUCCGAGAAUCAGUUGUCUGGGAAGAUUCCUUCUGAAUUAGGGAACUGCAAGUCAUUGACAAGAUUGAUGCUUUACUCGAACCAGCUCGAGGGGGAGAUACCGGGAGAGAUUGGGUUGCUACCGCAUCUGCUUGACCUUGAAUUGUUCAACAACAAUCUGACUGGCGAGAUUCCCAUCACCAUUUGGAAAAAUCCGAGCCUCGAGUUCAUUCUAGUGUAUCAGAACCGUCUUUCUGGUGAACUACCUGUUGAGAUGACUGAGCUCCAGCAACUGAAGAACCUGUCUUUGUAUGAGAAUCUGUUCUCUGGUGUGAUACCACAGAGUUUGGGGAUCAACAGUAGCUUGUUGCAGUUGGACUUCACAAGUAAUCAGUUCACCGGUGAUAUUCCGCCAAAUCUUUGCUUUGGGAAGCAGCUCAGAGUUCUCAACAUGGGUAAGAAUCAGCUUAAGGGCAGUGUCCCUUCAGAUGUUGGCCAGUGCUCAACUUUACGGAGAAUGAUCCUUAGUCAGAACCACCUCUCGGGACCUCUUCCGGAGUUUGCAGAAAACUCGAGCCUUUCACAUGUGGACAUCAGCGGAAAUGACAUCAAUGGGUCUCUUCCUUGGAGCCUAAGGCACUGUGGUGACCUAACAUUUCUCUAUCUUUCCAUGAAUAAGCUGACAGGGUCCAUCCCAAGUGAGAUUGGAGAUCUUGUUAAGCUUAACACUCUGGAUCUUUCACACAACCAGUUGGAAGGUUCAUUACCAUCUGAGCUUUCAAAUUGUUACCAGUUGGAGAAAUUUUAUGUGGGGUUCAACUCCCUAGCCGGUUCUAUUCCAACCGCUUUGAGAAACUGGACGAAUCUGGCAACAUUGGUCUUGAGUGAGAACCGGUUCACCGGUGGGAUUCCAUCAUUCUUAUCAAGCCUUGUGGAGCUCUCAGAGUUGGACCUUGGUGGAAAUUGCUUAGGAGGAGAGAUUCCUUCCUCACUUGGAUCUCUGCAGAAUCUUCGGUAUGGACUAAUCUCAGCAGCAAUGGGUUAA